AAAAAAAAGCCAGCGCAUCACUACGACAUCCACGCAGCAGAACCGGCAGCAUCAGGCACGGGAAAGCAUGGGGCUCUGUUCUUGCGAUCGGCUUGUUUACCAGUUGUCGCUCCCGUGUUGUAUCUUUUGCUCGUUAGUUUGAAUGGCAGCUGAUGGCUGCAACUCUUCCACUCUGAUGGCUUGGAAACAAAAGGGGUAAUAAGAGCGUGUGUGUGUGGGCGUGUGUGUGUGUGUGUGCUUGCCGUGGAUCACAACAGGAUCUGCUGGUGAGGUGUGUGUGUGGGGCGUGGGGGCGUCUUGAUGCUGUCAGGCAGGAUGGAGGGGAGGAUCUGCUGGAGCAGGAGAACCGGACCAUUUUUGAGAAGAGACAACCCUAGGCCAGGUGUCUGUCUGCAUUUGUUGGAGAGAGAGAGGCGCAAACACUUCACGGCCCGACACCAUGCAAGCAGAAACCUAUCCUCACCGCAGAGCGCUGAAAUGCUAGACCUGAAGAGCGAGAGUGUCACAUCCAAUCAGCAGACUGUUUACAUCGGAGGCGGCCACAAGAGCCGCUUGACACUAGACUCCAUAACAGCAAGCGUGUGGUUCAAGGCCCCCUAUAGUCACAAUCAAGAAAAGACGCAUUAACUGAUCCCUCAUCAGCACUUUAUACUUCUGUUGGGUUCAGCAGCCCAGAGGCGAGCUGAGAUGGAGUGGUCACUGGAGAGCGUGAGGGAGAUGGUGGCUGGCGGGAUGCAGUCUGUGAGGGAAUGCGAGAUCUGUGCGAUCGCCAUAGCCAUGUGCGUGCUGCUGCUGUUCAUGUGGUACUGCUACAGAGUGGGCCGCGAGCACGGCACCAGCCCCUUGCGAGGGAGGUACCUGAGCGGGACCAGCCGGAUCGGAGGGGUCGUCGGGGGUUUCAUGAGCUCAGACUGUCGGGGCAGGGGCAAAGGGAAGCACGGGUCACUCCUGGAAGAGCAGAAUGGCUUCGCCUUCUGCCAGUCGUCCGAGUGCUUCCGAUGCACCAGCGCCGGCGAGAGCCUGAACCAGAGGCUCUACCACAGCCUCCAGGAAUACGCCAAGCGCUACACCUGGUCUGGUAUGGGCCGUGUGCACAAAGGAGUCCGCGACCAAGGCCGGUACCUCAACAGCCGGCCAACUAUCCAGCGGCCUGAGGUCUUCUUCCUUCCCGACCUGCCCUCGGCGCCGUUCUUCUCCAGAGAAGUGCAGAGACACGAUGUGGAGCUGCUAGAGCAGAGCUUCCCCGCCCUUCUGGCCGAGUUUGAGAGCAUCUAUCACCAACCCCCGGCCCGCAGUGGCUCUUCCCUCCCACCGGGCUGGAAGGCUAACAACACUCCUCGCGGUCAAUGGUGGACUUACUACCUGGUGAACCAAGGCACCCCUUUGGUCCUCAACGUCAGGCGAUGUCCGCGCGCGUGGCGGGUGCUGGGUCAGCUGCGCACCUUCAUCGCCAACAAUGUCUUUGGAAAUGCCUGCUUCUCUGUGCUGACGCCCGGAGCUCUCAUUACGGAACAUUACGGUCCUACAAAUGUCAGGCUGCGCUGCCACCUGGGUCUCAGAGUGCCUCCAUCCUGUGAGCUCGUUGUUGGUGGGGAGCCACAGUGCUGGUCUGAGGGCAGCUGUCUGCUUUUUGACGACUCCUUCCUCCACAGGGCUUUCCAUGACGGCAACCCAGAGGAUGGCCCCAGGGUGGUGUUCAUGGUGGACCUGUGGCAUCCCAACGUGGCUGCUGCCGAGAGACAAGCGUUGGAUUACAUUUUUACCCCGGGCCGCUUAGAGGACAGGGAAGGGAAAUAGUUGCGAGUGAGAAACCAUUAUUUUUGAGUGAGAGACCGUUGGAGUUUAGCGUCUGUUUGAUUGGGGAGCGGCUCUUUCUCUGCCUAGAGACCAGCUUUUUACGUUCACUGUGUACAUAUUCUCCGGCUCUCACAGUAUUACUCAUGACUCUACUCUGCAGACAACCAGACAUUGGGCCUCUCUUAUCGACUGCCUUUUCACUUGUGGAGCCAUCAAGCAUCGUAGUAAAUUCGUGUGGUCUUAUUGUGUUGCCUAUACGUAGAACACUUCACCCAAACCUUAUGAGUUUUAAACAUUUUAUAAUUUUGGUAACAUACCUAAGAGGUCUUGUUGUACCUAAAGUUUUCCAAUACGUCGAUGAGUCAUUAGUGUUUAUAUCAAAGCUUCAUAUUUCCUUUAAGUAAUGCGUUACUUUACACAGAUUGGUUACUUUUCGAUCUGUAUGAACGGAUUGAAAAGUGGAUGUAAUUGUAAAUGAAAUUUGAAUUCAAGGGAUAUUUGUCUUUGAAAUGAUGAAGCGCUUCAACAGAGGUGUCUGCUUCGCUGUUUAAAAGUCAAAGAGCAGAGUAAGCCCGAUAACGAGAAAGUUCACAUAUCUCAAAGGAAACAUUUUGAAAUGAUAAAAUGAUGUCAAACAGCCCAUUACAAUGGUAACUCCUAGACACGGCUUUGGCAUCCGAGAUUUCUGUUUUUGUAAGGGUUAGCCAGUUUUGCCACUCACAAUUUUGGGUGACCAGGGAGUUUCAAGAGAAAAACCGAACAGAACUGUUGCAGAAAUACGUCAUACAGAUGUUGUUGGGUUUUUCUUUAGGUAUUAACACAAAGUGAACAGGAUAUACCAGUGCUUCUCACUUCCAGUCCUCAGGCCUCCUGCUCUGCAUGUUUUAGAUGUACCUCUACUCCAGAACAGCUGAUUCAAAUGAUUGCAUGACCAUCAAGUGCUGCAGAAGCCUGUUAAUCACCUACAUAUUCAAUCCAGAUGUGUAGCAGAAGGGAAACACCUAAAACAUGCAGGGCAGGGGGACGUGAGGACCGGAACUGAGGAACGCUGGGGUUUACCAAGACUGAAUAGAUCACUGAACUCCAGCUGGGGGUAUUUUCUGAGCUUGAAAAUAGAACAAAGGGGGCAACUUAAAACUGUUUUCAUAAACAAUGCUUCAGAUGCACUUAGAGAACUCUAACGGAAGCACACACUGAAAUUCCCACCAUUAUUCAACAAUUGUGCAAAUGAUUAAUAUUUAUUUAUUUACAGCAUAUUGUUUGGGUUAUAAUUUAACUAUAUUUACUGUACAUAAACCUUCAUGGUUAAGAUGCCAUUUUUCCUAAGGACCAAAACGUGUGGUCCUAGCAUCUGUUGUAACCUCUUAUUUAUAUGCUACACCACAAGACCAUGCUGGACCUUUCUUGCUGUUAGAUUACAAAUUACUGAAUGUUAAUCUGCAUAUAUUUCAGUGUUGUAACUAAUCAAUCCCUGCGUUGCAUUUUUCUAACUUUGGGCUGAUUUUACUCAAGAGAAAAAAGCAGGAGAUAGUUUGUUUUGGUGACCAGCUAAAGCAGUGGAACGGUUUGGUGUAGAUAAGGAGCGGGGUGCAUGCAAGGUUUUAAAUUAGCCAAAUCCAUUCAUGACAUUUCUUAGAGCAUAGUGAGUCCAUAGGCCAACCAAUUUGGUCAACUAUUAGUGAAGCCUCUUUUGACAACAUGGAAAUCCUGCCUACAUUCCCACAAGGGCUAAAAAAAAUUAUAUAAAUAUCAUUUGGUAUUUUCUUUUAUGUGUCUCCACAAUUCCAGUUGAAUUUGCAUUCAGAUUUUCAUGAUUGGAGCACUUUAGGAUGUUUACAUUUCUCUGAAUGACUGGACUUCUGACACAUUGUCAGUGAUUGUAUUACCCGUCACAACUGGCAAAAAGUCACAAUUGUGCAUAGUUUUUUGUUAACCUACGCUUUUUUAAAACAAAAGCACAUCGAGCCACAUUUAAGCAACACAGAACUGCUACAUAAGCAGGAAGGGAUGACUUUUAAUUUUUAAUGAAGGGCUGGGUACAUUAAAGCAGGGAAUCUUUGGCUUUUUUUUUUUCUUUUAAACUCACAUCCAGACAAAAGAGGCACUUCAAUCUCCUUUUUUUCCCUUUCUUUUAACAUCAGGAAUAGGAUUUGAUAACUGAGGUCCAAUGUCGGCAGAUGCUGUCUCCGACCCCCACGCCUGCCGGUGUGGUGGAUAAUUGUGCUCCCCUUUGAAAAUCAGUCCUGUUUUCACUGGACACAUAGUUGGAUAAGCACAUUUCAAGCUGCAAAUCUGCGUGUGCAGCGAAAACGGACAGGCGAUGGAUGUUAUUCAUUUAUUUAUUUUUUGGUAACAUUUACUAAGCUCUUCUAAUUUGGUCAUAUUUGAUAUACCCGGUUUGUAUUUCUGUAAAUACGUUUGAAGUGGAAAGAAACCCAAAACCCGGAAUGCCCCGACAUGUGCUGAAAUGACUGUCCCCGAUGCUUUAACUAUUGUGUUGUCUUGAUUUUAUAGCUAAAGUGAUUGCUAUAGUCGUCCUCCGACUGAAAAAGCCUACCAUGAAAAACAAAACAAACAAAAAAAAACAAAGUUUUCGAUAGAUUUGAUUGGUACGUUCUGUGAAAUGUUUAUGAAGUACUCUCUUUGUUGUUCUGUGAUGUUUUCUUUAGAUCACUGUAAUUUUGCAGCUUGGUAUAAAAGAAGUCACCAACCCGUACUCACUCGACAAGCCUCCAUGAAUAAAUGUGCGCAGGUAGUGAAAAUGAAUCCCCUCGGCUUUACUCGUCCGCUGCAACUCAAGCGACCCGUGUUCAGUUCUGAUGUUUACAAAGCCGUGGCCAUUUACACAGCAUCUAAAGACACCAGACAACACUGACUACUAUGUUGAGCUGUGCAUAAUUGGGUUUGAAAAUCAACAGUGCUGCGAAAACCGGUGAAGGGGAGAAACUUCCAAAGUGCUGGCUUUGUGCACGCUGUCUGAUGGGGCGCCCAUUUUGUUUACAUUUGGAUUAAGGAUUUUGUCCUUUAACACUUUCUUGUGUGGAUUUUGAACAGUAUUUCUGUACAUUUAAUAAAUGGUGAAGUAUCUUAUAUAACCA